GCACCCGAGGUGGGAAGAUGGAGUAGCCCAUGAUGUCUGUCCUCUUUCAACAUGUUCCCCGGAGUUUUCUAUGCACUGCUGGCGGGUUUCCUCGCGGCCGUGGCGUCGUCGUCGGCCAAGCUGUCACUGGGAGCGGACUACCUGAAGGGAGUGUGCGAGACUGGGCUCCGGACGUGGGGCGAGCAACGCAAAUUUCGUCAAGGGGACGAAACGACCGCCUGCGACCGGCUGCACAUCCCUCUGAGGCUGUUGUGUGGGGGUCUGCUUUUCACCUGCAAUGCCGUGAUGUGGACCUUCCUUGCCAAAGCACUCAGGUACUCCUCCUCUUCCACCCGGACCACUGUGACCACCACUGCCUCCAACUUCGUAUCUUCCGCUUUCCUGGGCCAGCUGAUUUUUGGCGAGGCCCAAAUAACACUGUGGUGGGUCGGGAUCUCCUUGACGUUCUCGGGCCUGCUCGUACUGCAGAGGGUUUCGCCGCAGGAUCGACAACCUGACGCCAACGCUAAGAGGGAUGAAUGAUUUGUCUCAUCUCCACUAAACUGCGUUCAGCCAGUCUAUAUACUACCCAUACUUUGAAUAGAUUCUAAAUUCUAUUUUCCAUCACACCAAAGAAAAAUCAUGUCCAUUUAAGUUAUGGUGUCUAUAUUUAUGAAAUGUGUCAUCUCCAGAGAAACAGACUAAAAAUAUGAUUUUUUUCCCCCCCCUUGACCCAUUGCUGAAAAGACAGAAGUAACUCUCACCAUUGAGUCCACCUGCUGUCCUAACGUGUAGCUUUGGUGUGGUCUGUACAGCUAGCAGUAACAAGCUAAUAUGCUAACUAACAAUCGUAGAAACAAUUUAGGGUUUUUUCUAAAUGUUUUUUUUGUACAGAGUUAGGAUAUUUCUGUUCACACAAAAUUAAUACAUUAAGGGCAACAAGAGGGAACGGUAAACCUAAAAAGCUGUAGAAGCUAGCUUGUUAGCAAUUAGCACAACUUUUUAGGAUUCAUCAAAGAAUGGAACACUGUAGUAGUCUUGUAGCUCAUCAUUUUACUACUUUAUUACUUACUAGCUGAGAAUAAGAUGAUGAAAUUAACAUUUAAUUUAAUUUAAAGAGACUGACAACUCCAAAAAAAAGGCAUAAGAAGGGAAACAUGAAGAGACAGCUUGCUUGGCUCUUGUCCAUGUUUUUUCAUCUGUGAAAAAUGUGUUAGAACAGCAAUUUGUUGGAUUUUUUUGUAGGCAUGAUGUUAUUUUAGAGUUUUGUCACUAAGCUUGGGAGGUAAAGGGGACCAGUGGUUUGUCACACUUGUUAAAAAUGAGGAAAAAGUGCAGGCAUUAGCAUCAGACUCUAGAUCUCUGGAUCCAAUGUUAUCCUGGUUCAUACACAUUGGAGGAAGACCAAAGAGAAGGUUUAUGGAUGUGGUGAGAGAAGACAUGAGGGCAGUUGGGGUUAGAGAGGAAGAUGCAGGAGAUAGGCUAAGAUGGCAAAAGAUGACACGCUUUGGCGACCCCUAACGGGACAAGCCGAAAGGAAAAGAAGAAGAUACACAUUGGCACAGUGUCACCAUUAAUUCAUAAUAAUUAUGUACUGCAACUAUUAGGUCACCAAAGCAUCUCUUUCAGAUAACUGACACUCACUGUAAACAUCUGUGCAUGAUGAAGGCGUUAAGUCUUAGCUGAAGAACUGAGCUCCUCUUUUCACAUUUAGCUGUGAGAGGCCUUGAAUACUGACAUUAUUUCUUUCUGUAUAACACUAAAAAUAGAUUGUGGUGUACGUUGGGGUUUGGAGGUAACGUUCCGCUUCUUAACAUGUAAGCAUACUCUCUUCGUCCUGAAUUCACACUCAAGCACAUGACUCACUCAGUGAGCAAGUGCGGAAGUUCUCUUCUGCGGCCAAACCUUGGAUUUUUGUAUAGUUUACGUACGUCAUUUGUGUCUUCACUGAAGAGAGAACAAGUGACUUCACAAUUUGCAGCAGACCAGAUAUAAUAUGAACGUGUAAUUACAAUGAUGAUGCACAAAUGCCCAUUCCGAUUGUUGCUGUGUAUCUAGGUUACGUAUACUGUACAGUACUUAUGUACAAGCAUCCCUAGUAAUAUGACCACAAACACAAUGUGAUAAGAAAUUGAGACGACCUACAACAAAGACAAAAAAGAUGGGAUUUUUUUUCAUGUUGGGGUACUGUACACCGAUUCCUCACAUGAAUUUUGCAUUUUAGGAAUGCUGAUGUCCACGAUAUAUUAUGUACUAAAGUUUAGAACUACCGAUGUACAGAAUCAUGGCUGUCUAAUUGCAUAUUAUAUGUGUGGCAAAGUCCUGUUGAAGAGCUUUUUUGUCACUCCACUUCUCUCUGUUAGCAUUGAUGUUCAGCUUUAAUAGCCUCAGAGCAUAUUAAUUUAACGUGUCAUUGUGGUUCGAGUUUUACACUGAGAGGUCUUUUAAAUUGUAUCACUUUAGCUACAAAUAGCAAUUUAUUCUUGCAACCAGUAAACACAGUCUAUUUUUGAGACUGCAGAUUGUCUUCAUAAAGGCAACCUUUUCAAAACAUUUCUCAAUAGAAUUACCUAAUGAAGUCCCGAAAUGAAACGAAGACAUGACCGAGUGUGUUCAACAGUUUGACCCUAAUUAAAUUUAAUGGGACAAUCUUGAUGUACGAAUUUAGAAAUGCCUGCAAGGCACUUUUAGUACCUCUGCUUCUGGAAUGUGCUCUUUGCUCAUGCGGCUGUUGCACAGACAAAUGUCACUUUUUUUCUCCACUUAGAUGUGUCACAAAUACAAUGUGAAAAUGUAAAUACUUGAAGGGUAAAAAAAAAACCCACAAAAAUUCUGAAA